AUGGAUUUGGCUUACGAUCACAUCCAGGAGAGCUCGCUCCCCAAGGAUGCCGACAAGAAGACGGGCGACACCAAGGACUCCAAGUCUGACCAGCCGCAGCACUCGCUGAACGAUGACCUCCAGGAUGCGUACAAAGCCAUUUCUUCUAGCGCCUGGGGUAUGCGCAUCGGCGGUUUCUUGGGAAACGCUGUGAAGCAGGGACAGGAAGUCUACAAGGAAGCCUCCAAGGAAGUCACCGAGCUCGGCGAAGAUGCGGCUAAGGGCUUCACGUCCAUCAUUAGCCGAACCCGGUCGCUGACCGUCAACACGACGCAGGGAGAGCCCUCCGGAGAUAAGAGCAAGGAAACAGACGGCCAAACGACGCCGACAAAGACAAGAGAUCAAGCAUCGGACGAAGCGAUGAGCAGUUCGGAGAACUACCUAGCAAGGCUCCGCUCUGAGGCAGCCAAGCGACUCAAGGAUUUGCAGAAGGCCGAAGAUGCUGCCGACGAGGCUCUCCUCCGUUUCGGCACCAACAUCAGCAAUUUCCUCAAAGAGGCGGUCAGCAUCGCGCCGCCUUCCGGUUCCAACAACCAGGGGAGCACCGUUUUGUUCGAAAGCAAGGAUGCACAGGGCAAACGUGUCAUUCACACUUCGAGGCAGGACGCCCAGCUGCACGUUAUCCACACAAGCACCGAGAGUUUCGCAAAGGACCCCGCAACGGAGGAGUUCGCUACGUGGGCCAAGACUUUCGACGUCGAGAAGAAGACGGCAGAGAUUAGCGACGACUUGAACAAAUACCCUGAACUGCGUACAACGAUGGAGAAGCUUGUGCCUGACCAGGUUCCUUAUGCUGAGUUCUGGAAGAGAUAUUACUUCCUCAGACAUGGUCUCGAGGCCGCCGAGACCCGACGUCGCGAUUUGCUCAAGGGUGAAUACUACAGCCUGAACAUACCACGAAUCUAUGCUAACGGAUAUACAGCUGCAUCUGCAGAAGACGAAGUUAGCUGGGACGAUGACUCCGAAGACGAAGCUGCCCCGGCCGCUACCCCAGCCCCUGCUCCUGCCACUGCCACUGCCACUGCCACUGCUCCGGCUUCUGCUCCUCUCAACGCCGAGCAGAAGCAAGCUCGCCCGCCAUCAGCCGAAUCCUCCACCACCAUCCAACCCCCUGCCCAAAACUCUGGUCUCAAGCCUGCUGCCGAGUCCCGUAAGUCGAACGACGAGAAGUCUCAGGCCGACAGCGACACAAGCUACGACGUUGUGGGUGCCACGUCCGGUGUGCCCAGCCAGGCUCCCAACAGCCCCAAGGAUUCUCGUAAGGCCGACGAUAGUGACGACGACUGGGAGUAG